AUGCCGCAAAGUGCACAGCGGGAUCGACUCCUCCGGGGGAUCGACCGAGUCCGAAUAACACUGCGUCAAAAACGGAACCACCACCUGCAGCAGCAGCAGCAGCAGCAGCAGCAGCAGCAGCAGCAGGAAUUGCGGCAGCAGCAGCAGCAGUUGUGGCAGCAGCAGCGGGAGCAGCAGGAGUUUUCGCAGCAGCGGCAGCAGCAGGUGCAGCAGCUGCAGGAAUUGCGGCGGCAGCAGCAGCAGCAGUUGUGGCAGCAGCAGCAGCAGUUUUCGCAGCAGCAGCAGGCGCAGCAGCAGCAGGAAUUGCGGAAGCAGCAGCAGCAGUUUUCGCAGCAGCAGCAGCAGCAGGAAUUGCGGCAGCAGCAGCAGCAGGAGUUGUGGCAGCAGCAGCAGCAGCAGCAAGAGCAGCAGGAGUUUUCGCAGCAGCAGCAGCAGCAGUUUCAGCAACAGCAGCAGUAG